CCCCUUUCUCUCCCUUCCCCCUCGCUCUGGCCCGAAUUCCGCUCCUUACCGCCCGUCUUGCUAUUCUCUCGCCUCUCCCACUCCCUCUCCCUAUCUUCAAACUGAAGCAAUUCUUCUUCAAAUUCAUCGAAGAUCAUAUAUCAUUGGAGGAAUUUUCUCCUUCUUCAUCCUCACUUGGAAGUCGUUUAAAUGCUCAUUCAACUUGGUUGUUACAAAAGUAGAGCAGGUUUUUUGGUGAAUGGAUCUAAAGCAUACAAUCGCUAGCCUCUUGGGAUCUGAGCUUUCAGAAAGCCUUUCUUUAAGUUCUCAGCUGCUAGAAGUUUUGGCUAUUGAAGUUCUUGCAUGCAGAUGAUUCUUGUUUUUGCAGUUUAGAGAAGCUCUGUUGAGAAUGUUUCAAGCCUGCUACAGAUUACUAUGUUUUGUAACUGCUUCAAAUUACGCAAAGCUCUGUAAAAUACUUUGCUCGUUUCCUUAUUUCCCUUCCAGUCCUGUGAAAUUGUGUUGAUCCCAUCCUAGUGCAUUGACAAUCAUGGAAAGGUACAGACUUCUAAAGGAGAUUGGGGAUGGAACGUGUGGAAAUGUUUACAAGGCUCUCAAUUUGAUGAAUAACGAGAUAGUUGCAGUUAAGAAAAUGAAGAGAAAGUUUUACUAUUGGGAGGAGUGUUUGAAUCUUAGAGAAAUUAAGUUGCUCCAAAAGCUGAACCACCCCAAUAUUGUUAAGCUAAAGGAGAUCGUCAAGGAGAAUUAUGAGCUUUUCCUUAUUUUCGAGCACAUGGAUUGCAAUCUUUAUCAAUUCAUGAGAGAUCGUCAAAUCGGACAAAGCCAUUUUUCGGAGUCGGAGAUACGAACAUUAAUGUCACAAAUUUUGCAAGGGCUUGCCUAUAUGCACAGAAAUGGCUAUUUCCAUCGGGAUUUGAAACCUGAGAAUUUAUUGGUGCAAAAUGACAUCGUCAAGAUUGGUGAUUUUGGACUUUCAAGAGAAAUAAUGUCUCAGGCUCCGUAUACUGAUUAUGUUUCUACUAGAUGGUAUCGAGCGCCGGAAGUUUUGCUUCAAUCUUUAGCAUACUCACCUGCAAUAGACAUGUGGGCUGUUGGAACAAUUUUGGCUGAGCUCUUCGCACUCUAUCCACUUUUCCCGGGUCAAAGUGAAACAGAUCAAAUGUUUAAGAUAUGCAAUGUGCUUGGGACCCCAGAUUACAACAUAUGGCCUGAGGGGAUGGAAUUGUCCCGAGCCAUUGGUUUUAAUUUCUUUCAGGCUCCACGGGCUAAUCUGGCCGAUAUCAUCCCAAAUGCUAGUAUGGAAGCAAUUGAUUUGAUCCAGAAACUCUGCUCCUGGGACCCCCGUAAUAGACUAACUGCAGAGCAGUCAUUGCAACAUCCGUUUUUCCACGUGGCUACAUAUGUUCACUAUCCCCUCCAGGAUUUUCUUCCUGUGAACACAAACCAAACUGGAUCUAGUCCAAAUCUUGAAUUAAGCCUAUGGGACUUUGACAAUGAAUCAGAGGAGGAAUGCUUUCUUGGUUUGACUUUGGGAAUCGAACCCAGCAGCAUUCCUAAUCUUGAUACCUAUCACAAUUCUCAACGUUCAGAAAAGGAAAUCUUGUUUUGCGCUGGAUAUGAGCACCAUUCUGAGCAAUUAGUCUUCUGGCCUCUGAUUACUCCUGAAAACAAUAUGAAUAAUUUGCCAGCAAUGACUUCACUUUCAUUAUCAUACAUGCCGAAUAGCCAAACUCCCAUUCCUCCUUUCAGCAUUCCAGAAUCCUCUUCGUUUGACACCCCCCAUCAGCAGCAGCCAAAUUUGAUGGACUGCCAUUUGUUUGCACCGAUGAUGAGCCCAUCUUUACCGAUCCACCGUGACUUUUUCUUUCAGUGAAUACAGUUUCUCAAAUUUUUUUUUCUCUUUUUUUUUAGAAUCUGUGCAAUUAAUGGCAUUUAACUCCAAUAAGUGUUGCUUAAUUGUGGAUAAUUGUAAAUCAAAAGUUUUGUUUUUGGUUAUUUCUUUUCUUUUUUUUUUUAACUCCAUUUGUAGAUAAACAAUUUGAGAAUGGCUAUUGAAAUAUAUGAAAUUGUUUUUUUUUUUU